AUCUUCUGCUUUCCGCUCAACCACCAAUGAUUGUACUUUUGACAGCGCGGUAGCUAGCUUCACUUCUCAGCGUUGCUCUGACUGACCUCCGCUCCCAAGAUGGCUGGUGUUCGAGCCCUUGGUGUUCUCUCCAAAUUUACAUCAAGGAGAUACGCUCUCUUCACAGGCAGUACUUUCCGCACUUUCUCAGUAGCUCCUGCAAUGCUGGCCCGAACCCAUGUGAACUAUGAAGUCAAGGGCGAUGUUGCUGUUGUGCGGAUCAACGACCCAACCUCCAAGGUGAACACGCUGUCAGUCCAGAUGCAAACAGAGAUGGCAGAAGUCAUGAAUGAAGUGUGGGCAAACAACGCUGUUCAAAGUGCUGUUCUCAUCUCCUCAAAGCCGGGAUGCUUCAUUGCAGGAGCUGAUAUUAAUAUGAUCCAGGCCUGCAACAAUGCAGAAGAGGUCACCAAACUUUCUCAGGAGGGGCAAAAGAUGUUCGAAAAGAUUGAAAAAUCUCCCAAGCCCAUUGUUGCUGCUAUCAAUGGCUCUUGCUUAGGAGGAGGCUUAGAGUUUGCCAUCGCCUGCCAGUACAGAAUUGCAACAAAGAGCAAGAAAACUGUUCUUGGUACUCCUGAAGUAAUGCUGGGUCUUCUACCUGGAGCUGGUGGUACUCAGAGACUCCCCAAAAUGGUUGGUUUACCCAGUGCCUUUGACAUGAUGCUCACAGGAAGAAAUAUCCGAGCAGAUAAAGCCAAGAAGAUGGGGCUUGUCGACCAACUUGUUGACCCUCUAGGACCUGGCCUGAAGAGUCCAGAAGAAAGAACAAUAGACUACCUGGAGGAAGUUGCCAUCGAAUAUGCCAAAGGGAUCGUCAAUAAGAAGAUCCCUCUCCGCAAAGAGAAAGGCACAAUGCAGAAAAUUCAAGACUACAUUAUGAGCUUUGAGCUCGUACGGAAUCAAAUUUACAAAACUGUCCAUGGUAAAGUUAUGAAGCAGAGCAAGGGACUUUAUCCAGCACCCCUGAAAAUCAUUGAAUGUGUGAAGACUGGAGUAGAACAAGGCCCCACUGCAGGAUACUUAGCUGAGUCUCAGAAUUUUGGUCAGUUGGCAAAAACCCCAGAGUCUGCAGCCCUGAUCGGUCUCUAUCAUGGUCAAGUUGCAUGCAAGAAGAACCGCUUUGGAACUCCUCAAAGAGAAGUGAAGACUCUUGCCAUCUUGGGAGCAGGUCUGAUGGGAGCAGGUAUCGCCCAGGUCACUGUGGACAAAGGUGUGCACACAGUCCUGAAGGACACCACUCUGACUGGACUGAGCAGGGGAGAACAGCAGGUUUACAAAGGGCUCAACGACAAGACCAAAAAGAAGAACAUCACGUCAUUUCAGAGAGACUCCAUACUUUCCAACUUGACAGGGCAGUUGGAUUACAGUGGAUUUGAAAAUGCCGACAUGGUUAUUGAAGCUGUGUUUGAAGACAUUAACAUCAAGCAUGCAGUCAUUAAGGAGGUGGAGGCUGUGGUUUCCCCUCACUGCAUAUUUGCCAGCAACACAUCUGCUCUGCCCAUCAAGGAUAUUGCUGCUGCCAGCAAGAGACCAGACAAGGUGAUUGGAAUGCAUUACUUCUCUCCAGUGGACAAGAUGCAGCUCCUUGAGAUUAUAACCACUGAACAGACGUCAAAGGACACUACAGCCUCUGCUGUGGCAGUUGGCCUGAAGCAAGGCAAAGUCAUCAUAGUCGUUGGGGAUGGACCUGGAUUCUAUACAACAAGGUGUCUGGCUCCCAUGUUGGCUGAAGCAGUACGAGUACUUCAGGAAGGAACUGACCCCAAGAAGUUAGAUGCACUCACCACAGGCUUUGGGUUCCCUGUGGGUGCAGCGACACUGGCUGAUGAAGUUGGAAUUGACGUCGCCGCUCACGUCGCAGAGGACCUUGGCAAGGCUUUCGGCUCCCGCUUUGGUGGAGGAAAUGUGGAGGUCCUGAAGACCAUGGUGGACCUGGGAUUCAAGGGUCGCAAAUCAGGAAAGGGUUGCUACGUCUACCAGCCAGGGCUUAAGGUUAAAGAGGUCAACCCAGAGAUUGGCGAAAUCCUUGAGAAAUACAAGAUGACACCAAAUCCUGCCGUCUCAUCAGACUCCGAUGUGCAGUACAGACUAGUUUCCAGAUUCGUCAAUGAGGCUGUGCUGUGUUUGCAAGAGGGCAUUUUGAACGGUCCUUUGGAAGGAGACAUUGGGGCUGUGUUUGGCCUGGGAUUCCCUCCCUGCCUUGGAGGACCUUUCCGUUUCGUGGACACCCUCGGUGCAGACAAGCUGGUGGAGAAGAUGAGGCGGUUUGAAGCCGUCUACGGGAAUCAGUUCACACCAUGCCAGCUCCUACUGGAUCAUGCAAAAGAUUCUAGCAAGAAAUUUCACAAGUGACCGACCCACCAUGUGUGCCAGUAGCUUAUAACAGAACUCCAGCCUACCGCAAGAAUGUGCCUAACAUUUAUAUCAUGAGUGAGGGCAAACCUACUGAAAAUGCGCUCAGUUGACAGUUUAUUUGGUGCACAGUGCUAAAACUAAUGCUGUCUAAUACAACAGUAUUGGUGAUCUACUUUCAUAAAGAUUAUAAUAUGCAGUUUAUGUCAAAACCUCAUUGGAGAACUUUUAUAUUAGACGGAAUUAGUUUUAGCGAGGUGUACCUAAUUAUUCAAAUAUUUCUAUUGAUUUCACAUAUGUUAUACAAUCACAAUAGUACGAAAAUAAGAUAAACAAAUUAUUGCUAGGCAUCACAAACCAUAAGGGAAAUACCACUUCCAUACAGUAAAUUGGUACGUAAAUAAUACAUAAAUAAAAGAAAAAUAGAAAUGUUGAAUAACUAGGUGCACCUAAUAACCUAGCAACUGCGUGCAUGAGGUCAGCAGAAAUGGAUGUUGGGUUUUUUUGUACUUUAACAUUAUUGAUUUACCUGAUAAUGUAUAGAUUGAAGGGUAGAUGGAGGCUAAUUAUUCACUCAUUGCGGAUGUAAAGAUACUGUAGAGACAGAACAAUUUAAGUAUUUUCCAGCUGGCAAAUGAAUUCUUCAUUACUGAUGAAUGUCUACCACUGUGUCUUUUCUUUUUUUCUUUUGUACAUUAAAGACUGUGGGGCCUGGUUUGAGCAAUGGUGUAAAUGUGAAGCCUGAAUAAAAUUUUGUUAUUGAAUCAAAA